AAAAUAUGGAAUACUACAAGUGAGAGUGAACACAAGAAAUCAUAUACAAAAUCAAGCCUUGUUCACCACCAGAGAAAUUAUACUGGAGAGAAGCCCUACAAAUGUACAGAAUGUGGCAAAGCUUUUCGUCAAAAAUCACAUCUUAUUUGCCACAGAAGAAAUCACACUGAAGAGAAGCCCUACAAAUGUACAGCAUGUGGCAAAGCUUUUGGUGACAAAUCAAGCCUUAUUCGCCACAACAGAACUCAAACUGGAGAGAAGCCCUACAAAUGUAAACAUUGUGGCAAAGCUUUUUCUCAAAAAUCAGACCUUAUUUACCACAGCAGAACUCACACUGGAGUGAAGCCCUACACAUGCAAAGAUUGUUGCAAAGCUUUUGGUCGAAAAUCAGACCUUAUUUACCACAAAAGAACUCACACUAGAGAGAAGCCCUACAAAUGUACAGAAUGUGGCAAAACUUUUGGUGAAAAAUCAAGCCUUAUUCGCCACAACAGAACUCACACUGGAGAGAAGCCCUACACAUGCAAAGAUUGUGGCAAAGCUUUUGGUCAAAAAUCACAUCUUAUUUGCCACAACAGAACACACACUGGAGAGAAGCCCUACAAAUGUACAGAAUGUGGCAAAGCUUUUGGUGAAAAAUCAAGCCUUAUUCGUCACAACAGAACUCACACUGGAGAGAAGCCCUACAAAUGUAAAGAUUGUGGCAAGGCUUUUGGUAAAAAAUCAGACCUUAUUUACCACAGCAGAACUCACACUGGAGAGAAGCCC